GAAGAAAAAGAAAACCACUCCACUCAAAAACCAGCGCGAAACCUGUACCUGAACCGAAGGAAGCACAGUGUUUUUAAGACUUGACUUCUCACUUCCCAUGUUUACUCGUGAAAUAUCACGGGUCUCGGUGCUUAAGCACUUGAACACCAGUCCUCCAAAAAUGCGAAAUUCCUCUCCUUUUGUUAAUUUAUUGUAGUAAUAGAUCAGAAUGGACCAAUUAGACCUUUAGUUUUCAUAAGUGAGGUUACUGAUUUCUGUGAUACUAGUCAAUAUUUUCAUGUUUUACUGAGGGUUUAAAAUGAGUGAAAAUGGCAGAGACUUGGCAGCUACCUUGGCAGCUUUGAAAUCUCAUGGUUGUCAUGUCAACAGAGACUGGCUUACAGAAUGUGUAAAUUUUUUCCGUUCAGAAAAUAAUCGGUAUUCUCCCAAAGAUUUGGAAAAGUUUGUUUUCGAUCAAUGGCUACUGGGUGAUCUUCGGGAAAUAGCCAGCUCUGGGUCGUUACCUCCAAAUCUCAGCAACAUUUUGAAAACAACAGUGGAAGGAAAAAUGGCUUGUCAGAUUGAAUCGUGUAUCGACAUUGGCCAUUCAGCCUAUAACCAGAUGCAGAGAGUGAGGAAAGAAGAUGUUGGCAAUUCGCAAAUUGAUGAGAACAAAGAAUAUCAACAAUCCUGGGAACCAAAGUCAAAUCGUUGUCUGCAAUUCACCCUCUGUGAUGGGGUGCAAACAAUCAAAGCUAUAGAAUAUAAGUUUAUAAGUCUCCUAAAAACAGAUAUGAUUCCAGGACUAAAGAUUUUACUCCAUGGUCCCAUCGAGUGUAGAAGGGGUGUUCUCCUGUUAGAAGAGAAACAUGUAACCAUUCUUGGAGGAGAAGUUGAUGCAUUGGCCAUUGUCAAUGCCUAUGAAAAUGAACUUGCCAAGAAACUAAAUAUACCAGCAAAUCCAGAUCCUUAUAAUAUGACAGCUCGGCCUACAGUCCCUCAAGUCCAGCCACAGCCUCUGCCUCCUCCAGCUCAACAGCCAGGACAGCAGCACCAACCACCCCAGGCAAAUCAAAGAGCGCCACAGAUUACUGAUAACAGAAGACAGCAAAAUCAACCAACACCCCAUGCAAAUCAACGAGUGUUGCAAAUAACUGAUAACAGAAGGCCGCAAAAUAAGCCUCGAACUGCUAGAGCUUCCGAGCAACCCAAAAAAUUAGUACAAAGUGCUCUCUCUUGGUCUAAUCAACCUAGACCAGCUCAGGCCAAUCCUUCCCAAUCUCCAUCAUUAGAAUUUGCUGGGAAUGAUGAAGACUUUAUGAACAUUCCUCUGGAUCCUGCAGAUUGGGCAGAGGAAAUGAAUUAUGAAAGUGCUCCAACUCAGAGAAGAAAACCAGAUGAAAUAAAUUCAGCCAGCAAAUCAAGUACAUCAAACUGGGGAACAGGAAAUGCUAACAGAUCAACUUGUGCAACCUCCUCAGCUGCUGAAUUUUUGAAUGAAUUUGACGAAAGUGAUGAAGCUUUGCUAUUACAAGCAGAAGCAAGCUUAGUGGAAAGCUCUGUGUCCAGCUUAGCUCAGAAUGAAAUCAAAGGCUUCAAAUCUAAUGCAACACAAAAGAAUGCAGGUUCUAGUGUCCCUAUUAUUCAGAAGAAUACUAAAGAAGAAGCUGUUUCUUCUAAAAGGUUGGCUUCAUCUGCUCUUCCUGAAGAGUGUCUGAGAAAACCACUUUUUGCAAAGCGCAGAAAAGAAACUUCGUCAUCUCAAGAGGUCACAUCUAGUACUGAUGCAACUAGUACUGAUACAAGUUAUCUUGCACCUGACCUAUUAGAUUUUGAUGACCCCGCAGAGACAUCGAACUCCAUUCCAAUAAGUUUACCUCCUCAGCCGUUUGUUUAUCUUUCGCAAAUUAACCAAAGUAAGGUAUCUGUUAUAUAUAGAGUGAAAGCAGCUGUGAUAACUGUGAUAGAAAAGCUUUCUAUUUCUCAAGAUAAAUGGAAAUUGUCUGCUAAAAUAAGUGAUGGAUCUGCUAAUGUAGUUGUAAAAUUUUCAAAUGAGGUUCUAGAAGAAUUGUUUGGAAUGACUGCAGUAGCACUAAAUGAAAUGAAAAAGGAGGUAGUUAAACAACCCGAGAAAAAAGAGAUAAUGAAAAAGAAACUGGAAAAAGCUCAGUGCCGUUUAAUCAAUUUGAAUUGCUUAUUGGACCUAAAGAUGUGUGGUGAAGAACAGCCGCUGGUAGUGGGAUUUGAAGAUAUUUCAUCAUCAACCAUCUCUGCAUUGAAAAACAGACACACUUUGUUAAACAGCUGAUGGCAGAUUAAAUAGUUUAAACGAGUUUUAGUUUUAACAGAAUAAACAACAUACAAUA